UGUCCCUGGCGUGUGUUGUGGAAGAGGCCUGCGAGCGGGGUUGCCUGGGUCGUGGGGAGCACCGCAUCUCUCCGUCAUGGCGAAGAAAAACCAUAUCCCCAGUGGGUGGAGGACUGUGACACCAAUUGGACAUCCUCUACCUGGAACCCGAUUUAUUGCUUUUAAAGUUCCUUUCAAGGGGUCUUGUCUUAGGAAGUAUUCAAAUUUUACCUUCACGGAUAGGGAAACUCUUGAAGACAGAUCACUUCUGGCCUAUCACAAAGAUAAACUCAUCGGAGUUCAUUGUACUAAUGGAAUUAACAGAACAGGGUACCUUAUAUGUAGGUACCUCAUUGACGUUGAAGGCUGGGAUCCAGAUACAGCAAUUCAAGCUUUUGGCGAGGCCCGUGGUCAUCAAAUAGUUGGCUGUGUAUACUUAAAGGAUCUCAAAACUCAACCCAUGAGAAGCAAUCUUGGAAUGGAUGUCUGGGAUUCUGAUGAAGAUGCAGGUCUCCCAUCCAAUUCUAUGGAAAAAUCCAGAGAUUGGCCCCCAGAUGAAGACCUACAUGGAUCUGGGAAAAAGUCAAGGCUUCUUAAUAAUCAGUACCCUCUAAAUGAUGUACAGAUAAAGGAUUAUGAUUAUGUCAACAACAGACCCACCCAGAAGCAUGAGGAUUUUUAUGAACACCACUGUAGUGACAGCAUGCCAAAAGAAAGAUACCUGAGUGAUUGGGAUUUGGGUAACAAGGGAUCUGGACCAAGAUGUUCAGUUUUUGCUAAACACUGAUAUUAUGGUAUCUCCCAAGAAGAGAUGGAUUUCAGUAACAAAAUACAUGGAACAAGACCAGGACCAUUUCAUGAUCACCAGCUUCAUAGUAGCUCUCAUGAAUCAGACCGUGGAGAUGAUUUUGAUUUGGUUAGCAAAGCUUGUGGGCAAAAGACACAUUCCGUUCAUAGUUGUCAGGCCUAUAGUAACUUUCAGAAAACAUUUCCAAGGAAAGAUUUUGGUUUUGUUAACAAAGGUCAGGGACAAAAACGACAACCUUUCCAUAACCACUGUGAGUACUCACUUCAUGGUGAUCUUCUGGGCCAGGUACCUAUACAAGGAUUUAAUCACCUCAACAGAGGUGGUUUUCAAAGGCAAAAACCUCUCCACAAGCACUAUUCUCAUGAUGGAAUGAACUUGGCAGAUUUAGAAUAUACUGAUGAAGUGUUAGAGCACACACUAGGACCUUUUCAUGACCAUUCCAAUAAUGAUUUCUCAGAGAAAAUUAUGGACAGAGACCAUCUUUUCAAAAGUUUCUGAAGCAAAUGCAAUUAAGAAAUUUUGAUUUCAGCAAUGAAACUGGACCAAGGCAUGUAUCUUACUGUGAUCACCUGUCUUGUGAUCCACAAGAGCAGAUACCAUUGGAAGACCUGCACUUUGAGCAUGAAACGUCCUUACAAAGAUCAAGAUCCUUUCAAGAACACUUACUUCCAGAUAACAUAUGUCCUGAUUGGUAUUCAGUCAGGUGAGUCAUUUUGUUUGGAACAGUAAAGAAAAGUACUUGAUUUCAGCAAAACACUCAGACUUCUUUCAGAUUAGGCUAUUUGGAUAAACAUUCAAAAGUACUAUAAAUUAUCACCCAAAGCUAAAAGUAAGGUUUGUCAUUCUGUAGAUUAAGUUUACAACCAAGGUUUAUUUCUGAUUGCUAUGAAUUGGAGCUUUACUCUUAAUUCCAAGAUUGCAAGUAAAUAUAACUUAAAUUAGACUUAAAUGGUUUAAUUCUUGACCAUAAGUUAGGAGUAAAGAUUAUUAAAAAUGGGAGUCUCAAGGAAAUGCCAAAAUUUUUUAGACAAGGGUUCUUUUAAUAUUCCUUACAGAUGUGUCACAGAAAUCAUUUUUAACCUCUAUAACCCAGGAAUCCUCUUUUUUGCCACCUAGUAAUUUUUUAUCUGCAGCAUGCAAGUAGAAGUAUCAGGAGAGGAUUGACUCACAAAUUGAAGGGCAAGACAAAGGAGGAGAAAGAUGAAGCAAGACAGACUAAGGGGAAAGAACAAGCUAAGGAAGAAAGGAUAUAAAAAAAGAAAUAGAAAUAAAAAGAGAAACCAGGAAAAGAGAUGUACUAAGAUAGAAAAUGAAGCCAUAGAAGAGACAGAGGUUUGAGAAGGGAAAUGAAGAGAUGUAGGGAGAGAAAGUUAUUAUGUGCUUUUCCUUCUGAUUUAGAAUGUUUUCUCCAGUUAUACAUUAUUCUACUUAUGCCUGGAUAGAUGUGAACUCUUGCCUGAACCUAGUAUGGGUCAUCAUGGUUUUCUUUAGAAACUGUUUUUUUCUCUGUCAGAACUUAUCUACCAAUCUAAUCUUUCUCCCUCACCUUCGUCACUUCACAGGAAUUUUGGAACUGGUAAUUGCAGAGGCAGGUGUCAGAGGUAGUGAUUUAGCUUUAUGACCAUCUUUUUCAAGCCUAUUCCUAAUCCCUACCAUUUACAUGUAAACAUAUAGGAAAACAAGUAUUUAAUGAAUUCACAUGUAUUCAGAAUUAUAACGCCUGCAUGGUCAUGGCCUCUUGGAAUGACUGGAACUUAUUCCUUAUGGCUUGGGGUUGCAAAACUGAUUAACCAGUUCUUCUGUACCCGGUUUUCCAGUGGGUAGAAGUUGGUACCAGUUAAUCCAGAAGUUUAAAUUUCAUUUCCCUUUUGAUAACUUAGCUUUAUCCCAUUAUUACAAGUCUGCACCACAGUCCCAGCCCUCUGUCUUCCAUUGGACAAGGUCAGUCAAUAAAAAAAAUCCCUCACAUCCCUUGGGAAAACCUAUCACUGAUUGUGAGCUGGGUUAGGAGCAUUAUAGUAUUCAAAAGAGGACAUGUAAAAGACUUUGGAAGAGUCAAGACAGUGGCUUAGUUACAUGCAUCAUAAUGUCCCCCUGCACCAAAGACCCAAAAAAACAAGCAAAACAGAAGCAGAUAACAAUCUGGGAACCCUGAAUAUCAAAAAAGAAGGUCUUAAGAACUGAACCAAACACCAGCUGGAAGGAAAAAGUGAACAAACACAUCGAACGAGGAGUAGCACAGAACAAAGGAGCUCAGCCAGCUGUCCUGGCCUAGCAUGGCCAUCUUAAGUCAAAGUCAGCAGUGACCCUGGGUGAAGAACACAGGAAAGCAACUUCAAGGCUUUCCCAGAAGGAACAGAGAAACUCUAUAGACACACCCAGGGAGAAGCAAAAGCAAGGAGGUAGUCAGGAUCCAGAACUAGAGAUACUCAGGAGAUGCAUCCCUGACCUCGGGUGAGUGGUCCGCAUGAGGUGAUGGAUCCACGGAGUAUCAUGUGGGAGGUCUCCCACCCAACAGGACGCCGGACAGCUCCCCCUCCUCGCACUCAAGCAGGGACAGGUCCCACUCACUGGCAGCAGUGGAUGCAAGGUGCCCUGGCAUCAGUGUGUUCUAGCAGAAGGGACACUUUCCCUCACCCCAUCCUCCUGGUUAGAGGCAGUGGAAGGUCCCAUACCCUGACUGCCUCCCCUGACUGAAGGACCACAACAUGAGCCUCUCGCCUUACCCCUACCCCACCCAACCUCAAAGUGCCAUCUUUGCUUUUUAACACUUUAAAGAAGUCUCUUGCUGCACAUUUGCCCAAUGCAAUACAUCAUUUGAUUUCUUAACUGCUGCUUCCAUGGGCAUUGACUUUGAAUCCAAUUAAAAUGAAAUCCUUGACAACUUCAGUUUUUUCUCCAUUUAUUGUGAUGUUACUUAAUUGGUCCAGUUGUGAGGAUUUUUGUUGUCUUCAUGUGGAGAUAUAAUCCAUACUGAAGGCUAUAGGCUUUGAUCUUUAUCAGUAAGUGCUUCAAGUGCUCUUUGCUUCCUGCAAACAAGGUGGUAUUAUCUGCAUAUUGCAGAUUGUUAAUGAGCCUUCUUCCAAUCUUGAUUGGACAUAGCUAUAAUAAAUAUAUUCCUGUUACUUGGUUUUCAAAAAGAAAACUACAGACCAACACCCCUUAUGAAUAACCCAGUUCCCAGUGCCGUCGCCCUUAUGAAUAGAGACAUAAAAAUCCUCAACAAAGUCCUAGCCAAUAGAAUUCAACAGCAUAUCAAAAAAAAAAAAAAAAAAAAACAGUACAUGAUGACCAAGUAGAAUUCAUAAUAGACAUGCAAGGGUGGUUCAACGUUAGAAAAUCAAUCAGUGUAAUCCACGGCAUAAAUAAAACAAAAGAAAAGAAUCACAUGAUAAUCUCAAUUGACAGAGAAAAGGCAUGUGAUAAUGUCCAACACCCAUUCCUGAUAAAAACUCUCAAUAAAAUAGGCAAUUUCUCAACAUAAUGAGGGGCAUUUAUACAAAACCAAAUAGCCCUUGGUGGCAGAGUGGGUAAGAGCUUGGCUGCAAAUCAAAAGGUCGGCAGUUCAAAUCCACCGGCUUCUCCUUGGAAAUCCUGUAGGGCAGUUCUGCUCAGUCCUUCAGGGUAGCUGUGAGUCAAAAUCUACUCGAUGGCAACAGAUUUGGUUUUGAUAUACAAAACCAACAGUCAGCAUUAUCCUCAGUGGAGAGAUACUGAAAGCAUUCCCCUUGGGAACGGAAACCAGACAAAUUUGCCCUUUGUCACCACUCCUAUCCAACAUUGUAUUGGAAGUCAUAGAUAGAGUGAUAAGGCAAGAAAAGGAAAUAAAGGGCAUUCAAAUUGGUAAGGAAGAAGUAAAGCUAUCCAUAUUCAUAGAUGAUAUGAUCCUAUACAUAGAAAAUCCCAAAGAGUCCACAGGAAAGCUACUGGAACUAAUAGAAGAAUUCAACAAAGUGGCAGCAUACAAGAGCACCAUACAAAAAUCAGUUGGAUUCCUCUACAUCAAUAAAGAACAUUGAAAAGGAAAUCAGGAAAACAAUACCCUUUAUAAUAGCCCCCCAAAAGAUAAAAAAAAAAGAUAAAAUAGUUAAGAAUAAAUCUAACCAUGGACAUAAAAGGAUUAUACAAAGAAAACUACAACCCACUACUGCAAGAAACCAAAGUAGACCUAUAUAAAUGGAAAAACAUGGUCUUGGACAGGAAUACUUAAUAUUGUGAAAAUGUCAAUAGUACCCAAAGCGAUUUAUAGAUACAAUGCAAUCCUGAUCCAAAUCCCAAGAACAUUCUUCAACAAGAUGGACAAACUAAUCACUAACUUUAUGUGGGCACUGAAUAAGUAAAGCAUUAUUAAAGAAGAAGAAAAUGUAGGAGGCCACACACUUCCUGAUCUCAGAAUCUGCUAUACAGCCACCAUAGUCAAAACAGUCUGGUAGUGGUACAAUGACAGACAUAGUUCAAUGGAGCCGAAUUGAGAACCCAGAAGUAAAUCCGUCCACCUAUGGACAGGUGAUCAUCAAUAAAGGGCCAAAGUCCAUUCGAUGGGGAAGAGACAGUCUCUUUAACAAAUGGUGCUGGCAAAACUGGAUAUCUAUAGAAAAAUGAAGUAAGACCCAUACCUCACCCCAUACACAAAAACCAACUCAGAAUGGAUAAAGAUCUAAAUAUAAAACCUAGAACUAUAAAGAUCAUGGAAAAAAAUAGGGACAAUGCCAGGAGCCCUAAUACAUGGCAUAAAUAGCAUACCAAACAUAAUUAAAAAUGCAGAAAUAGCAGAAGAUAAAUUAGAUAAAUAGGACCUCCUGAAAGUUAAACACCACUUCUCAACAAAAGACUUCUCCAAAAGAGUAUAAAGAGACUCUAUAGACUGGGAAAAAAAAUUUAGCUACAACAUGUCCGACAAGGAGCUAAUGUCUAAAAUAUAUAGAAAAUUUCAACACCUCAACAAAAAAGCAACUCAUUUAAAAAAUGAACAAAAAAUAUGAAUAGGCACUUCACCAGAGAAGAUAUUCAGGUGGCAGACACAUGAAAAAAUGCUUGCAAUCAUUAGCCAUCAGAGAGAUGCAAAUCAAAACUACAAUGAUACACCAUCUCAUCCUGACAAAAAUGCACUAGCCAAAAAAAGAAAACAAAUGCUGGCAAGGUUAUGAGGAGAUUGGAACUCUUACACACUGCUAGCGGGAAUGUUAAAUGGUACAACCGCUAUGGAAAAGAGUGUAGUGCUUCCUUUAAAAGCUAGAAAUAGAAAUACAGGAUGAUCCAGCAAUCCUACUCUAGGUACGUACCCCAGAGCCAUGAGAGCUGUGACAAGAAUAGACACACACACUCCCAUGUUCGUUGCAGCACUAUUCACAGUAGCGAAAAGAUGGAAACAACCUCAGUGCCCAUCAGUGGAUCAGUGAACAAAGUGGUACGUACACACAAUGGAAUAUUAUGCAGUGAUAAAGAACGACGAAUCUGCAAAGCGUCUCACAACAUGGAUGAAUUGGAGAAUAUUGUGCUGAGUGAAAUAACUCAAUCACAAAAAGACAUACUGUGUGAGACCACUAGUAUAAAAAAUCAAGAAAAGGGUUACACACACACACACACACACAAUUCUUUGAAGGUUAUCACGGAUGGGAGGGGAAGGGAGGAAAAAUCACCAACUAGAUAGAAGAAGGUGUUAAUAUUGGUGAAGGGAAAAACAUUAUACAAUGGAGAAGUCGGCACAACAGGACCAAGGCAAAGAAGGCACUGAGAGGAACUCAAGAAUAAAGGGCAGUCAUAGACAACCCUACAACAAUAGUAUUAACAAAUAAUCUACAGAUAUAUAGGCACAGAGGUAUGCUAAAGAGGAAUGGGAGGGGGCAAGGGAGCACACCCACCAGCAGAUAGAGGUUGGGUUGCAGGCACUACUGCAUACACAUGUUGAUGGUGCGUGUUUAUUGAUAUAGACAGUAAAACACACGGGGGUAUAGCCAUAGACACUUCCUGGGCAUAACCGAACACCUCGUAGGGGGAAGAACGAUAGACUAGGGGAUAUCUGUGUCAGCUGGCACAACGUAAUUCCAAAGACAACAUUCUACAUCCUACUUCAGUGAAUAGCAUCUGGGGCCUUAAAAGCUUUCAAGAAGCCAUCUAAGAUACAACUAUACAACUGUUGGUCUCAUCCUGGCCAGAGCAAAGGAGAAUGGAGAAAACCAAGACUCGGGGAACAAUUAUUCUAAAGGACUAAUGGGCCACAUGAAACACAGCCUACGUGACCCUGAGAGCAGAACUACUAGAUGGUACCUGGCUACCACUACCAACCACUCUGACUGGGAUCAUGAUAGAGGGUCCCUGGCAGAGCGGAAGAAAAAUGUAGAACAAAAAUCAAAUCCAUAAAAAAGACCAGACUUACAGAUCUGAUAGAGACUGGAGGAACCCCUAAGACACCCUUCUAACAUGGAACUGAAGCCAUUCCUAGAGACUACCUUUCAGCCCAACAAUAAGAAACCAAAGCCGUUGCCAUUGAGUUGAUUCCAACUCAUAGCAACCGUAAAGGACAGAGUAGAACCAAGGAUUGCCUGAGGAUUCGAGCUGCUGACCUUUUGGUCAGCAGCUGUAGCUCUUAACCACUAUGCCACCAGGGUUUCCACCAAACCAUACCCCCGCUGCCGUCAAGUCGAUUCCACAAAAUAAACAACACCUGAGAGGAACGAGCUCUUUAGAACACUUAAUUAUAUGAGACCAAAAGGGUAAAAUCUGCCCAAAAGUGAAGACGAGAAGGCAGGAAGGGGUACGAAAACCGGAUGAAAUAUUACAGGGAUCCAGGGCAAAAAUAAGGAGAGUGCUGAACAUUGAGGGGACUGUGACCAAUAUCUUGGGACAUUCUGUGCACAAAUUGUUGAAUGGGGAACUAUUCUGUAAACCUUCACCUAAAGCACAAUAAAAUAUUUUUUAAAAAAUAUUUUCUUAGCCUUUUUUUUUUUUUUUAACCUCCUGAUAAAACAAACCC